GCCUUGUAAAAGUUUAUGCAGCUGUUUUGUGUGCCGGCUAAGAUUCAUUUUCCUCGAUAGAGGAUGAAAGCAGUGCAGAAGAUGGCUUCCAAUGUUUUCCAUUCGCCCGCUCUUUCGUUUGAGAUGGUCGCGAAAUGCUCCACAACGAGAGCCAGAGCUUCCCACUUGACACUUCCUCAUGGGCCGGUUCAGCUGCCCAUGUUCAUGCCUGUGGCUACGCAGGCGUCGCUCAAGGGCCUCACGCCAGAGCAGCUAGAGCAAACGGGAUGCAAGUUGUGCUUAAACAACACGUACCAUCUGGGACUGAAGCCGGGCCAAGAGACUCUUGAUGCCGUUGGAGGAGCUCACAAGUUCCAGGGAUGGAACCAUAAUCUGCUGACUGACAGUGGCGGCUUCCAAAUGGUCAGUCUGUUAAAGCUAGCCACUAUCACAGAAGAAGGCGUUCGAUUUCUGAGUCCCCACGAUGGGUCUCCUAUGCUUCUUACGCCAGAACAUUCUAUCUCUCUCCAAAACAGCAUUGGUAGCGACAUCAUGAUGCAGCUCGACGACGUCAUUGUCACAACCUCUCCCGACAAAGAGCGCAUGCGAGAAGCCAUGCUACGAAGUGUGAGAUGGCUUGACAGAUGUAUUGCCGCUCACAAGAAACCCGAAACGCAAAAUCUGUUUUGUAUUAUCCAGGGUGGCCUGGACCUCGACAUGCGCCGCGAAUGCUGUGAAGCCAUGGUGGCCCGCGAUACCCCGGGCAUUGCCAUCGGUGGUCUCAGCGGUGGUGAGGCUAAGGACGACUUUUGCCGUGUUGUUGGAGCUUGCACCGUCUUGCUGCCAGAAUUAAAGCCCAGAUACGUCAUGGGUAUCGGAUAUCCAGAGGAUUUGGUUGUCUGCGUAGCGCUUGGAGCCGACAUGUUUGACUGUGUGUGGCCUACAAGAACCGCCCGAUUCGGUAACGCUAUCACAAAGGCUGGUGUGCUGAAUAUUCGAAAUGCAAAGUAUGCGGCCGACUUUGGUCCUAUUGAGACCGGCUGCGGCUGCAUGUGCUGCCGUCAGACAGAGGAUGGGCUGGGCAUUACAAGAGCGUACAUUCACCACAACGCUUCCAAAGAGACUGUUGCUGCUCACCUUCUUACUAUCCACAAUGUAUGGUACCAGCUCAACCUGAUGCGCGAAGUGAGGCAAGCGAUUAUCGAAGACCGAUACCCGGCGUAUCUAGCCGAGUUCUUUUCUCUGCGAUACGACAACAAGAGCGAGUACCCAUCUUGGGCGGUAAAUGCCCUCAAGUCGGUUGGUGUAGACCUGAUGAGUGACUAAAAUAUUUCUCUUGCAUUUUGGUUUUGCUUUUAUUCAUUUGGCGAGCGUUGGGGCAAUCAGCAUACACUUUUCUACUACCCUGGAGGGGUUGGUCAUUUUGAUUUUGCAGCAUAUGAGGGGUUUGGAGUGGUAGAUUUUGUGGUUUUAUUUAAAAGAGGAAAUAAAUGGAUACUUUUAUAUGUCAUUUAUCUGUGUUUAAAAUUUUGUACAGGGAUUCCACUCUGUGGUGAGCCAAGUAUGUGACUUUGCUUUAUAACACAUGGUAGUGCUCUAGCCCAUGUAAGCGGACACGAACAUCUUAUAUGUGCCCAUAUUAUUU